ACCAUUGCUCAACUUAUGUCUGAAUGACGGCAGAUAAUUCUGAUGAAAAGGAAACUGACCCCGUAAGCACUUUGCAGCUGAGUCGAGGGCUCGUGGAAAUAAGGUCAAGGAGGUGUCCGGCGUGAGUACGGCCUGACAUUCCAUUUGGGACAGCUGCCGGACACAUUAGUGCAACUCGGAGUGUGAGCAGCAACUCCUGUAUACUGAACAUAAGAAAAGUAAUGUGUAGUGCUUCUUUUUUUAAAAAGCCAAGACUCCAGGGCUCAUGCUUUUGUCUCAGGCCACAAAGCCUGCUGUGUCAGACCUGGAGAGCAGCAUGCUCACUAUUAUCCAAACUUUCCACCAAUACUCGGGUCAGAAGUCCAAUCUGAAGAAAGCAGACCUUAAAGAACUUAUCAACAAUGAGAUGAAUAAUUUCAUAGUGAAAAUCAAGGAGAAUGACACUCUGGAUAAACUCUUCGCUGACCUCGACCAGAACGGAGAUCUGGAGAUCGACUUCAAAGAGUUCAUUGCCCUCAUCGCCAUGGUCACCUCUGCUUGCAAUGAACUGUUUGUUCCAAAGCAACAAAAGAAUUAGUUUGCAUGCACAUGGAUUACUCAUUUAAAGAGAGUAUGUGUUUUGUUUUUUUUAGACAUCCUUUGAGACUGGGAGACUAUCAUUAACCAAGCAUCAGAGUUUGAUACUUCUUUUUAGUAUGGAAAUGUUUGCUGAAUACACGCACCAGUCACUUUAUUAAGUACACCUAUUCACCUGCUCAUUAACACAAAUAUCUAAUAAGCCAAUCAUAAGGCAGCAACUCAACAGAUGUAGAUAUGGUCAAAAUGACCUGCUAAGCUCUAACUGCGCAUCAAAAGGGGGAAGAAAGGUCAUUUAAGUGAAUGUGGCAUGGUUGGUGGUACCAAAUUGGCUGCUCAUCUGCUGGUAUUUUACCACACAACCAUCUAUUAUGGAAAAAGAGAGACUAUCCAGUAAGCGGCAGCUCUGUGGGUGAAAAUACUAUGUCAGUGUCAGAGGAGAAUGGCCAGAUUGAUUUGCGGUAAUAGGAAGGCAGCAGGACCUCCCUCUUUACAACCAAAGCAUAGAAUCUCUGAAGGCAUAAAAUUAAACCUCGAGCCUUGAAGCAGAUAAACCACAGCAGCAGAAGGCUACUCCUAUCGACUGAGGCCACAACAUGCACAGGAUCACCAGACUUGGACAACGGAAGACUGAAAAAUGUUGCUGAUCGGAUGAGUGUAGAUUUCCCCUGUGACAUUUGGACAGUAGAGUCCGAAUGUGAUGUAAGCAAGAUGAACUUUGGGAUCUAUGGAUCCUGCAGUUCAGGCUGCUGGUGGUGAAAUAGCGUGGCGGAUAUUUUUUGGCUAUUUAGUACCAAUUGGGCUUAAACACCACAGCCUACCAGUAUAUUGUUGUCGAACCUGUCGAUCCCUUUAUUACUACAGGGUACCCAUCUCCUGAUGGCUGACUGCAGGAGGAAAACACAUGUCCCAAAGCUCAGAUUGUCUCAGACUAGUCUCUUUAACAGGAGUUCAGUGUCCUCAAAAAGCCUCCACA